AUGUAUUUCAAAGAGAGAACAAGACUUCCACUUGCAGAAAACCCAUAAGUUGCUCAAAGCCAGGCAUAGUUUUACAAGUACGUACCAUUAUUAGUAGUUUUUAUACUUGUAAUAAGAUUCUUGGAGAUACCUAAGAACAUUUAAGAUGAUAUUUUCAACGGUCCAGAGCAUCUAAUUCCACAGUUGACAAAGUUCAUGCUCUAGCAUAAAAUUGGUAAUACUAUUUCCAUCUACUUCUCAAUUAUUUUUGAGCAUGUUCUUAUCGUUACCAUAGGAGUUCUGACUUAUUAAACCAAUAAAGAACAGCUUUCAUAUACCACACAGCAAAGAAUAGAAGAGAUUGAAAGAAGGAGGUUACAGCUCUCAUAGAGAAAAAAUAGUCCAUAGAGGCAUCCACCAACUGUCCAUGAUUUUUAAUUAUCUCCUAAAAAAGUCAAGACAUAUUCAGAGAUCAGUAAUGCUAAUCUAUCAGUUUAUGACCUUAAUGGCAAUGCGGAGGAGACGUUUGAUGACAUCAACCUAUUCUUUGGAGAAGAAGCGAAGGAGAACUUCUGGGAUUUAUAUAAGAGUGAAAGAAAAUUUAAAGACUUUGAUUCAGAGAAUGACUAAAUAGCUGAUCCUAGAUUUGCAUAUUUGAAAGCUUGUAAUGACCUUAAAGUGUUUCCAAAAGCAAGAAUGAUUAUUAGAGACUAGAAAACAAAUCAUCUAGAUUACUCGAACUAUAUUCUCUUAAACAAGACAGCAGUAGCUGUAGCUGAGUCAAUUAAGCGAUAUUCACUUCCUAUUGAGUCAAUAAAUUUUGUGAAUAAUGGUCUAAGAUCGAAGGAAUGUAUAGUUUUAAUAGAUUCACUCCAAAGACAUUACGAAAAACUGACUAUUCUAAAGUUGUCAAAAAAUAAAUUAGGAUUAGAGGGGGCAAAGCAUCUUGCUUCAGCUUUGAAAUCAAUGAAGGAGUUAUCCUAACUUGACUUAGCUGAGAAUGAAAUAGGAGACCUGGGGAUUAAGGAGAUAGUUAACAGUUGUAAAGAUUACGCAUCAAUUGAGUAUUUAGAUAUCUCGGGCAACAAUAUUGGCAAAAGCUCUCAUAUUAAUGAGACUGCAGAUGCGAUAUAGGAUUUCUUGACUAACAACAGAAGACUCGAGGUAUUGAAAAUGAACUGGAAUAACAUAAGAGGAACCAUGGGAGAACGCAUUAUUGAAGGUUUGAUUUACUGUUAUGGCAUUAAAUAGCUUCAUCUAAAUAACAAUUUAUUGGGAGUUGGCUAUGAAGAUAAGCAGCCUCCUAUUACUAAAAUGGCAGAAUUGCUGACUACUUCCAAAUCACUGGAGUUUCUGGAUCUUUCGUUUAACUUUAUUGAGCAGAAGUCAAUAUUCUGUAUAUCGCAUGGACUGAAGUUUACAUCGAGUCUUAAAAAUAUUAUUGUUGAGGGUAAUCCUAUAGGACCUGCUGGUUUGAGGUUUCUGAUUUAGGCAAUGAACAUCAACAAUUCAGGUUCUUUUAACAUAAAUAUGAAAGAAAUCAGUGCUGAUAAAGAUCUAAAGAGCUUUAGAUAGGUCUUCGACCCAUAGAGUCCAGAGUAAUAAUACACUCUCAAUCUUGCAGAAACUUAUGAUCACAUAAUACUUUAAAAUUUGUUAGUAAUUGCUGAUAAGGCAGCUGCAGGAAGUGAUGGAAAAUUUGAUGUCAAGUCUUGUUUCUAAGGUGUGAAAUAUAACGGAAAGCCAAGUUGGAACCCACCAACUUCUAAAGAUCAGUUUAAUCAGUAUGAAAUCUCUGAGCACUCUGGUUAACUCUCGUUUACAUUCACAAUUAAUCCUAUUCAAUUUAAGAUUACUCAGCAAAAGCUCUAGCAAUAGUAAGAAGCAGCUGCUUAAUUGAACCCUGACAGACCUCCAUAAGUAAUUUCUUUCGUUCAACCUACUGAGGUAUUAGAAGUGGACUUUAUCUAAAAGUCUAUAGUUUCCUAUAAAGGUCUUAGUAGACUCAUAGAUAUGAUUGUUUAAAGCUUCUAAGAUGAGGAUGACUACAACUAGGAGGAACUAAUAAAGAACCUUGCCAAAGAGCACUUAGUUUGGACCUCAUAAGCAAAUGAACUACUUUAUGCAUUCAAAAACUAAGAAGUGUUCUGUAGAGUGGUACCUUACUUACUCAAUAGGAUAGUUGAUAGACACAGCAGAUUCAACCUUGUUCAUCAUUUUGGCUAUAUGUAGAGAUAAAUAUUUAGCCAGCUAUACAAGAAAAUGGGUUAAGCAUUCUAUUUCAGUUACUGGAACCCUAAUGGCCACUAUGAACUUAACCUCGCAAAUCAUAUUGAAAGGGAGAUAGCUGUAAGUUUAGUAGUGAUAAAUAAGGAAGUUUUUAAAAGAAUAGCAGCUGGUGAAAAGGUUGAUAAGUCUUAGAUGGGCAAUAAAUCUUGCUUUAGAAAUGAAAGACUCAACAGCUAACUCUUUAUCAUGAAUAAUGAAUGGGUCUUACCUGAAACAGGAGUUUUUGAGUUUGAUUUUGUUCAUCUAGUAGACAUCCCCAAUCCAUCAGAGAUAACUCAACAAGACAAAAUUGAGCAGCUUCUAGAGUGGUUUAAAUACAAGUUUGAGGAGGAAAAGUCUGAGGUCUAUGCUUUAACUAAAGCUUUUUGCAGUAUUUCAGAAUUCCUCACUCUUAGGAGUGAGUAGUUAGCAUAGUUUGUAGACUUAAUUGAUGGUAGAGUAUAUGACUACAGAAACUUUGACUUUAUCAAGCAUAGAGUUAAGUUUCCUGAAGCAAUUAAGGAUAUUUACAAAAGAUUCGGCAUCCUUAAUCUUUUCAACCCUUUCAGACCGAAUGGUUCAUACAGACUAGACCUGUCCGUGUUUGAAGAAAGAAUAGUCUGUAAGAUACUAGUGGAACUAGCCAAACAAGAGGGCCUGACAUAAAUGACUAAUGUACACCUUGAUGGAAAAUCAUCAGAAGCCUUUAAUAAAGAAUUCAUCGAUAAACUAGGCGACUCCGGUGUCUUUGAGGGAACCUAUAUCUGCCUACCUGCAAACAUAAAAGAAGAAUUAAGAGAAAAACUAGCUCAAAAAUAUUUAGACUGGCAACCUCUAUAGCAAUGA